AUGUCGUACUACCAAACACUUAACACUCAAUCUUAUUUUGAAGAAACAGGGCCCCCGUUUAGUGUGGAUGAAGAUUUUGGUGUUACGUAUCGCCUUGUUAAAACCAAAACUAAACAACAGAAGUUACUGAUUUCACUCCAAUUGGACCCAUCAGACUUCACAGAUAUUCAAAACAACUUGACGGCACUCUCCUCACUCUUUUAUACACAGAAAUUUAAAAUAAUGAAGUCGUUUAUGAAAGUCGAUCGAAUGGUUAUCGGAUUGGUCAAUACUACUGUCGAGUGUUGGCUUAUAGGCGAAAUGCCUUAUACAACGACUUUAGAAGACCAUUUGAUAUCAAAUAGCCCAAGACAAGAUGAGAGGAAAUUUCUGUUACACGACUUGUUGCAUAUCUGUGACGAUUUACACAAGUCACAGGUCCAAAUAUCUUUUUUGAAGAAUCACUUGUUUCUGAGACAAUGCGACUCGUCGCCUUUCCCACAGCUCUGCAUUUCCCCAGUCACGUUACUGAUCCCAUACGUCUCGCAACUGUAUGGGAUUGAAGUCCCCGAUUUUAAAGAGGUGGUGAGUAAGAUCAUUCCCACGAUAUUAAACACCCCAGAGUCACACAUCUUCUCCGAGGCACUUUUGACACAACCGAUCGAGCAAGUAUUCACAUCACAGUUUGUCUCCGAACUUGAAAGGUUUUCUACUGUUGAAGAGGGUGAUAUGAGUGUCUAUACCCCAAUAUCUCCAAUAGGCACGGGUGGCUUUGGGUUAGUCUUUAAAGCAGCACAGAGGGAUGGGAGAGUUGUAGCGAUCAAAGAAAGUGGGCCGAAGGGGAUCGACUAUUUAAAGCGUGAAGCGGUCAUCCUUACGAUCUGCCAUCAUCCGAACAUCGUGAGUAUCUUAGGGUUUGGGGUCUCGAAAUUUUCGUUGGGGUACAAAUUGAAUUUCAUCAAAGAGCGAAUCGACUUUCCGCGGGGGUAUUUAGUGAUGGAGUGUUGUAAUGGUGAUUUAAAUGCGUAUGUUGAGGGGUAUCUGAAGCGUGGGGAACUCUUAUCACUGAACUUAGUCUCUGCGAUCUUCAAACAAAUAGCGGAGUGUAUGCAUUAUCUUCACUUUGAAAAGGGGUUAAUCCACCGCGACAUCAAAUUGGAGAAUUUUUUAAUAGUCGACCACACGCCAUACCCUCUUGUGAAAAUCACUGAUUUUGGAUUUAGUAGGAGCUUGGCUAAUGAGAUGGAGACGUAUAAGGGAUCCCCUUUAUUUAUAGCUCCCGAGAUCAUGUUACGUACACCAUACUCAUCGAAGUCGGACUUAUACUCAAUUGGUGUCUGCUUGUUCCGGUUGUGUACGUGUCAGUUUCCAUUUGGCUCGACGGAGGCGGAGUUUGUGAGAUUCAUGAAGGAAAAAAAGGAAGUUGUCUUUCCACGGAAAUUAGAGGAGAACAGCACGUACGCGAGCGUCAUCGACUUGACGAAAAAACUGAUGAAGUACGACGACGAGCAGCGAAUCGACUGGGACCAAUUCUACGGGCAUUAUUAUAUGAAGUUCUUGUUCAGCAGUUUCAAUGAAAAUGAGGUGUGA